AUGCCCAAGCCACCAAAGCCUGUUCGAUCCAUUACCGAAACAGAGAAGAACAGCACACACACUCGGACUAAGCUUGACAAAAUUUUGAAAUCAGGGGCUUUGAAGAUUUACAGCAAGGUGAAACAGCCAACUCAAUUCCUUAACUCUCUUUUCACCGCCAAAAAAUCCAAGAGCUCGUCCUCCGCCCAUGCCGUUAAAAAAACGGUUCGUUUCGACCCUGUGACUGUCAUUGUGGAUGAGAAUGGUCGCUCAUGUGGUCACAGAUGCUUGCACGAACCAGAAGAACAAGAAGUCGGCUCGACUCUGAUGCCUGCAUGGAAAAUCAAACGGUUGCAUGAAUUCCAAGUGUCCGAGAGAACGCGGCGAGUGGAGGAAGCAGCCAGAGAGGAAUUUAGGAGAUACUAUCGUCAAAUCCAGAGAGAUUUUCUUUGGGAUGACGAUGCAGUUUCCUGUUCAAGUUCGGAUCUUUUCGAGCUUGAAAAUCUUAAAUAA